AUGGAGGUAACCAGCGAGAUGAUGAAGCUUAUUGUGGAAUGGUGCGACUACCAUAAGAGGAUGCCGCACCAUUGGGACGACCGUGUUGGAUGGUUCCCUCUUCGUCCUUCAGCCAUGAUCAGAUGGCAACGAAAAUACAUGAACAAAUGCACACCGCAGCAACUGCUACAGCUUGUCACCGUCGCUGAUGCCUUGAAAAUUGGAUCCCUGCUACACAGGGGUUGCGAAGCCAUCGCCGACACCCUAAAGGGUCAGACCACCGAGCAAAUGCGCGAGACUUGGAACAUUGUCGACGAUACGACGGAGGAAGACCGGAAGGAACAAGACGAAUGGAAGGCUCAGAAGCUGAAGGAGCUCGCCCAGCUCGAGAAGCAAAAAUUCCGGGCUCGCCGAUCGCGCAAAUGC